AAUUUGCUCUUUCUCAGGGAAGCAUCUUCUGUUUCUUACCCUGCGCAUGAAAACGCUAGCAAGCAUGCUGAGGAUUUUGGCCAUUCUGACAGCUGUUCUAGGUCUUGUGAAGAGUGUGACUGUGACCAUGCCAGAGAGUGCUGUGAAUACAACAGUUGGUGCCAAUAUCACCCUUCCUUGCAUGUAUACCCCACCAUCUAUUCCUGAUAUGAUUCAAUGGAAUUUUUAUGGCACUGAUCUGCAAAGUCUUGGAAUUUAUAUUUCGCAGCAUGGCACACCCUAUUACUUUACACAGUUUAAAGACCGGAUUCAAGUAGCAAACAAAACAGGAAAUGCAACCCUCACCCUGUUCAACAUGCAGACCUCAGACAGUGGGGUUUAUAGGUGUUCGGUUUACAAAUUUACGGACGCUACCCCAAGUGAAGGUGAAAAAUCAGUGUCGGUCAGCGUGCAAGUUCCUCCUUCGAAGCCUCUCUGCAGUUUUGGUUCAAGCCAUCAUCCUAAAGUUGAAAUCGGCCACUUGAUCACUUUAGCCUGCGUUUCGGAAACUGGUGUGCCAAAGCCAGCCUACAAUUGGUACAAACUAAUUGGAGAUAAACCGCAGCCUGUAACUGAGUUAUACAAUCCUUACUCGGGACGCCUGGUUCUGGGCAACCUGUCCCAGUUUGAAGAAGGCUAUUACCAGUGUACAGCUAUCAACUCUCUUGGGAACAGCUCCUGUUACAUCGAUCUCACUACAAAACAUUCAGAAGGCGGCAUCAUUGCGGGAGCAUUAAUUGCGUCAAUUCUAGCCGCUGCCUUGAUUUGUAUCGUCGUUUGGAUUCUAAUCUCCAGAGAGAAGAAGAAGAGGCGAAAAGAGAAACCCGUAGCCAAGGAAAUGCAGCCUAUGGCUACAACCCAGGCGGAAUACGCUACAGUGCCCAGCCAAGCCAGUGUCCCCCUGGCUGCCGUCCCACCAAACAAGGAUCCGAAUGAGACUGGAGAACAUGAGAGCCCUGAAGAAGCCCAAGUUGCCAUAUUGCCUGAAAAUGAGACGCAGGAAAUGGGCCAUCAACCAGUUUCCUAAAAGCCGUGGUUGCCCUUGACGAAACCCUAAAAAAGCAGCCCAUCUAAUCAUGAAUUUGUACAUUGAUCCCAUAUCUGUGCCUUCCAAAUAGUGUCACGCUAGCAUUCAUGUCAAACCACCUGAGAUCGAUUUCUCCAGCCUUGUUUGCUUCACACGAACCUACAAACUGACCAGAUUCACAUGUCACGCGAGAUUGUCCAAAACCAUGAUUUAUUGAAUAAACCACAGCAG